AAUCUGGAAUGAUUACAGACUGAUCACUGAUCAGGAACAAGGAAGAUGUGUUUUUCAAGAUUACUGUUCUUCAUAUGCUUCAUUCUCAUACAUCCUGUUACUCCCACGGUUGCCCAGCAUGUCUGCAGUAGUGGUGGUAACUACCCCAGAAACAGUACCUACGGGGAAAACCUCAAAAGCGUCCUGGCCACCAUGUCUUCCAACACUGAAAUUGAUUACGGAUUUUACAAUUUCUCCAUCGGAGAAUACCCUGACAAAGUAAACGCGAUUGCACUUUGUAGAGGAGACAAUUCGCCGGAAGAAUGCCGUAGUUGUGUCAACGCGACAAGUCACGAUCUCUUACGGAAUUGUCCCAACCAGAAGGAGGCAAUCACAUGGCCCGAUAUUAUUAUAUGUAUGGUACGAUACUCAAACAGAGAUAUAUUUGGCGUUAUGGAAUCUCAGCCUGCAUUUCUCGCUUACGCCACCCAAAACGCAUCAGACGUAGAAGGGUUCAACCAGGCACUAAGAACCUUGUUAGAUGGACUUAGAAGCCGCGAUUCAUCAGGAAAUUCUACUCGCAAGUUUGCUGCGGGGAGCGCGCCUGCCUCUGCCAGCUUCCAAACAAUAUACGCACUUGCGCAGUGCACUCCGGAUUUGGAGGAGCUGGAAUGCAACAACUGUCUGUUGGCGACAAUGGGACUUAUUCAUGCUGGAAUGGUGGGAGGGAGGUACGGAACACCCAGCUGUGGUUUAUGGUAUGAGAUAUCCGCUUUCUUUGACCUUAGACUACUUGAGGAAACACCGCCACCUCCAUCGCCAGUGCCACUAGCAUCUCCUCCACUGCUACUACCGCCUCCACCUACACAAGGUAUAGUACUCAUGCUUCAUGUUCUGAAGGAGCGAGGUCUAGAUGAUGUUGGGAUCAACCAUGACUUGGUUCAACAAUCUGAUAGGCAGAUUGAACAUAAUGUUCCCGGGACUGAAAGAGUUCAUGGGCAUGCAAGUCCUGUACAUUACAGUGAAAAAACGGAGAAUCCUCUUGUUGAUCAAAGGACUGGAAAGAGAUUUGAGAGGAAAGAUCAGCGGCAAGACACCGAGAGAGUUGAUAUGCAGUGGAGGAACUGGCGUAAUGAGAGCAGGAGGAAUAACAGAGAGCCUGAGAAGCAGCAGCAGCAGGUGGAGAGGCCACCUUCACCAGAGACUUGGCGCAAACCUGUAGAGCAGCCGAAACCAGCCUCCCCUGACUCUGGUGGUCUGCGCUAUGGGAAAGCAGCUUCAGCCGUUGAGCUGGCCCAAGCAUACUCUAGAUCAGUCUCAGAUCCAAAGAUAGCGGAUCCCUUUUCAGUCCAAAGGGGCCUUCCUGGCCGGACCCAAAUGCCAUUUUCACGGCUGAUGGGUCCAACCCCAAGAAUCUUUCCAACUUACAGACUACAGAGUGAGGAACACCGAACGCAGAAGAUGUGUUGUUUAAGAUUAUUCUUAUCCUUGUUCUUCUUUCUCGUACUGAUACACCCUGCUACUCGCACCGUUGCUCAGCACUGCUAUAAUGAAAACGGUAACUACACCAGUAACAGUACCUACGGGGGAAACCUCAAAAGCGUCCUGGCCUCCAUGUCUUCCAACACCGAAAUUCAUUACGGAUUUUACAAUUUCUCCGCCGGAGAAUACCCUGACAAAGUAAACGCGAUUGCACUUUGUAGAGGAGACAUUUCGCCGGAAGAAUGCCGUAGUUGUGUCAACGCGACAAGUCACGAUCUUUUAAAGGCUUGUCCCAACCAGAAGGAGGCAAUCACGUGGCCCGAUAAAUGUAUGCUACGAUACUCAAACAGAGAUAUAUUUGGCGUUAUGGAAUCUCAGCCUUCAUUUGCCUUUUUCCGCACCGGAAACGUCUCAGACGUAGAAGGGUUCAACGGGGUGCUAAGACCCUUGUUAAAAAGACUAAGAAACGGCGCCGCAUCAGGAAAUUCUACUCGCAAGUUUGCUCUGGGAAGCGAUUUUGCCCCUAACUUCCAAACCAUAUAUGCACUUGUGGAGUGCACUCCUGAUUUGGACCAGCUGGGUUGCAACAACUGCCUGUUGACGGCUGAGGGUUUUAUUAUAGAUGGAAAGCUGGGAGGGAAAUAUGUGACACCUAGCUGUGAUUUAAGGUAUGAGAUAUACGCUUUCUAUGACCCUACAGCUGAGGCACCGCCGCCAUCGCCAGUGCCACCAGUCCUGGUGUUUGCAGGGAAGAAAAGUAACUCAUCUCCAUCUGCGAUUGUUAUAGUCGUGACAACUGUUAUAUCUGCUGUACUAAUCAUCUGCAUCGGCAUCUGCUACUUUUAUUUAAGAGUGAGGAAGGAAGGGAAGAAAGUAGAAAGUGAAGCCGAAGAUGAAAUUAGUAGUGCUGAAUCGCUGCAAUUUGACUUUGGCACAAUUAAAGUUGCUACAGCAAACUUUUCAAAUGCAAAUAAACUUGGACAAGGUGGAUUUGGCGCUGUUUACAAGGGUAGACUCCCAAAUGGACAAGAAAUAGCUGUAAAGAGGUUGCUCAAACCUUCUGGCCAAAGAAAUCUUGAAUUUAAGAAUGAAGUUGUGUUAGUGGCUAGGCUUCAACAUCGGAAUUUGGUAAGGCUCAUAGGAUUCUGCUUGGAAGGAAAUGAAAGGCUUCUAAUCUAUGAGUUUAUGCCUAAUUCAAGCCUCGAUAAAUUCAUAUUUGAUCCAAUCAAGCGUGCAGUUCUGGAUUGGGAAAGACGCUAUAAAAUUAUAGAAGGCAUUGCUCGAGGGAUUCUUUACCUUCAUGAAGAUUCUCAACUUCGUAUUAUUCAUCGCGAUCUAAAAGCUGGAAAUAUUUUAUUAGAUGCAGAUAUGAAUCCUAAAAUUUCAGAUUUCGGCACAGCAAGAUUGUUUAUGUUAGAUCAAACUCAAGGCAAUACGAAGAAAGUUAUGGGCACCUAUGGAUAUAUGCCCCCAGAAUAUGUCAUACACGGACGGUUUUCAGUCAAAUCCGAUGUGUUUAGUUUUGGUGUUUUAGUUUUGGAGAUAGUGAGUGGGACAAAAAUAAGUUCUUUUCGAAAGGGAGAGGAUGAAGAAGGCCUUCUUAGUUAUGCAUGGAAAAAUUGGAGGGAAGGGACAACUUCAAAUCUCAUAGAUCCCACGUUGAGGUCCAGUUCAACAACAGAAAUAUUGAGAUGCAUCCACAUUGGGUUAUUAUGUGUUCAAGAGAAUGUAGCUAACAGACCAACAAUGGCUUCGGUCCUCCUUAUGCUUAAUGACGACUCUAUCACUCUUUCAGUACCAAAAAAACCUGCAUUUCUUAUGGAUAAAAGCACUAUAUCAAACAUGUCAGCUCGAAGGGAGCAAAAUACUAGGGCAAUACGGUCAGAUCAAUCAAGAAGCAGAUUUGUUGAAGUCUCGGCAAAUGAGGCUUCAUUUACUAAGCCAUAUCCUCGCUAAAAUAAACCAAGAGUUAUAUAUUUUAGAAGAUAAAAUAUAUUGUUGUUAAUGAUAUAUUCAAUGAUUUCUUUCAUUUAAUUUCAAUUUCAUGACAAUGGUGAUUCAUUUUGUUAUGGGAAAUAUGUUAAGACAUGAUUAAACUAAAAGCCCUCUAGGUACAUGUUCUAGGGGAGGAGUGGUUCAUAUGUGUUAUGAU